AUGGUCUCCGCGAACUGGGGGUCGGCGGCGGGGUCGGGCUGCGGGCCGAACCGGCCGGCGAACUCUUUGCAGUGGGCGAAACCGACGGUGUGGGCGCCGGAGAGGGCCACGAGGUCCCUGGGGGAGAAGCCCCUCUCGGCGAAGAGGGCGAUCAGCUGGGAGACGGAGCUGUUGGAGUGGGGGAGGUGGCCCUCGACGGCGUCCGCGCGGGAGACGAAGCUGUCCUUGCGGCCGAGGCGAACGGCGUAG